UGUUGCAGUGUGGGUCAGACUGAUCAAUUAAAUUUGAGCUACUCAGCUGUUUGUGGUCAUUAGAGCAUGUGUUUAUUGGAUUAACAAACUAAAAUCCUGCAGAUACGUGUUGAUACGUUGGUGCUCGAUUAUCAAAGCUAGCCUGUAGUAAUGCAUCUGUAAGAAGCUGCUCGAGUUCCUGUUUUCAUCUGAAUAUUAACAAAGAAUAUAAUACUGCUCGUUCCUCAGAGGGGAGCAUGAGAGGCGGCGUGCCUGAGACAGAUGUUCCUAAUGCCAUGCUCGUGCUGGCCUGCUGUGUGGUGACCUCUGAUAACAGAGUGAGUCUGAGCAUGGCUCUUCCUGUAAUGAGUUUUUAAUGACUAUCACCAUCAUCUACUCCAGAAAGCUCUCCAAAGAAUGUGGGCUCGAAGCUCCGAGAGGCUCUAAAGCAGCAGGUCGCCAUCAUCCAUGAACGCAUGGAGGCCAAGAAGCUCGCCAAACUGGCUCUGGCUGAAGUCCGAGAGCUCCUAGCCAAAGAGGAGCAGGAGAAGGAGCUCGAGAUGGGGAGGAAGGAGAUGUCAGCCAGGGUGAAGGAGAGGGUGGCUAUGAGGCUGAAGGAGGAGGAGGACAGGCUGGAGAAAGAGGAGAUGGAGAGGGCUCUGGAGAAGCUACGAAAAGAAAAAGCAAAAGGGACAGAUGAGGAGCAGGGAGGGGAGAAGAGGAUAAAGAAAGGAGCGGAAAAAGACGAGAAGCCUGAGAAAAAGGAGGAGGGGCAGGGAAAGAAAGAACGGGAGGAGGCAGGCAAAGAGUCUGAAAAGAGAAAGAAGACUAAGGCAGAGAAACCUGACAAAGGAAAGGUAGAGUAGUGCUCAAACACAGUCACAUGAUGCUGAGUAUCUGCUCGUGGACUGAAGGCUGGAGCCACAAACAUCAUUCACUGCUUCUUCUAUUCAAUCAGGCCGUGUAGUGUAGUGUAGUCUGCACUGUUACCCUCACAUAGUUCAUCUGUCUGCAAUAAGGACAGUCAGCACCUACUGUGAGCUGGUCCUACAGACGAGCAGGGACCAGGUCACGCAGCGUGGUGUGUGUGUGAGUGAGUGUGUGUGUGUGUGUCUGUGUGUGUGUGUGGUGUGUGUGUGUCGUG